UUGCAGGAUGCCAGUCAUGUUGCCGCACCCAACAACAGCAACAGCAACAGCAACAACUUGCCGCAGCCAGCGACGGCCGCAGCGGAGCCAGCGCUAAAUGUCGAGGCUGUCAUAUUGCAGAAUCAGGUGGACACAUUGCAAUGGCAAUUGAAGCAGACCGAAACCAAUUGUGAAAUGUAUCGUGCUGUUAUGGAGGAGGUUGCUCGCUUCUUUGAGCGCUAUCAGCAGCUGCAACAACAACAACAACAACAGCAGCAGCAGCAACAGCAACGGCAACGUCAACAGCAAGCGAAUCGACACAGUUUGGGCGGUUUGGGGGAGCAAAUCUCGCGCUCAAAGAGUCUGCAUCAUGUGCAGGGCGUGCAGAGCGAUCCGAAUGGCUGCCAUGUGGAUGCAACUGGCGACAGCAACUGCAACAGCAGCGCUGUCUCUGCCACGCAGUCUGCCUCGUAUAUGCGCGCGCGCAGCAGCACAAAUUUGAUGCUAAACAAAUCGAUGCUGACGAUGAACGAGGAGCACGGCUACGAGAGCGUUGCGCCCGCCGGCAGCUACAAUGCCUUCAAGGACUUUACCUGGCGUCGCUCACCCAAGAAGCUGGGCGGCUGCAAGUCGCGUUUGUCUUCGCCCGAGGCGGCCGAGGAGAAGCUCAACCAGGAGGCAUUUCGUCUGGCGCGCACCAUACGCAAUCUGUUGCACACAUCGCAGCAGCAGCCGGAUCUCACGAUGCUGCCACACGGCUCAGCUGCGGGCCAGAGACUCAGAAACCAGAGCCAGAAGAGCAGCUCUGCGUUGACGCUGAUGCCGGCGCCGUUGCACAACUCAACUAGCCUGGAUGCACCAGCUGACAACAACAACACCACCACGACAAACAACCCCACCAGCGCCACCAAUAACAACAACAGCCCCACCAGCAGCACCACUUCGUCUGCUGUUAGCCCUGAGCUGCUCUUCUUGCGCGCCAAUACGAUGCGAGAUUCUCGUCUAUCGCUGCGCAGCUCUACCGAUAGCUCUGUGCAUUCCACCAUCUCCUCGACGGCCUCGUCCUCAUCGAAAAUAGAAACCGAUGAGGAGAACAACACGGCCAGCAGCAACAGCAAGCAGAGCCCAACGACUGUCCCGAACAAUCAGCACAAUGGCUCCAGCACAGAGGAUGAGAGCGGCUUCAGCUCGAUUAGCUCGUUCCAUGAUGUGGGUCUGCCACUCAGCUCCACCUUGUUAGGUGGCAGCAGCUGCCGUCUCUCGCUCUCCACAGAGAGUCGCAACUCGACGCUGAAGUCGGCGCUAAAUGGGGUGGGCGUGCCACUGCAGCCCCAACACUCGCCCAGCAGCAGCACCAGCAGCACCUUGAACUGCCAAUCGCCAGCGAAGACCUACCGCAAUGCGAAUCGAUAUCAGCGCUUCUCUACGCUCUCCAACGAGGAUGCAGCCGCUGUGCUCUGGGUCUAGGCUAUACGCAUUUCGUACACCCAAAUAAAAUUAAGUUUUAGUUAUUGUUUUUCCCUUUCGCUAGUGCCUCUCGUUUAGUUUGUAGCCGUUCCUUAAUGUUUAAAAUUUGUGUACUUUAUUCUAGUAAUGUUAAUGUUUUGAAAAUGUAUUUAGUUUCAGUUUCUUAUCAUUACGAACUUCGCAUUUUUAAAUUUAAUUUUUUGUAAAGUUUUAACUUAAGUUUUGCAGUAUUUAUAUAACUUGCAGCUAAAAAUAAAUAUAAAACUAAA